GUCCUGCGCCCCGCCCCCGAGGAGCGCCGCGCGCUGCGGAAGGGCGCGCGGAGGCGGAAGGUGGCGAGGCGGGGCGCCGCCGCAGGAAACCUCCGAGCGGUGCCGGUGUUCGGCGGCCAUGGUGCGGCUUUACGACUUGCACCCGUUCGGGUCGCAGAGAGUAGUGCCCUGCAAGCAGGAGCCGGCGCAGUUCUGCCGCGGCCGCGACGUGCUGUUCGUGGCCAGCGCGGCGGCCAGCUGCGGGGUGGAGGUGUUCGCCGUACGCCGCGAGGGCCGCUGCGAGCCCUUGGGCUCCUUCGCCACCCUGGGCCCCGUGCUGCGCAUGGCGCACAGCCGUGCAGGAGACUAUUUGGUGACGAUUGAAGAGAAAAGCAAAGCAACUUUCCUAAGAGCUUAUGUGAACUGGCGAUGCAUGUCUGCAGGCAGUUCUCGUGUUUGUGUCUGGAUGGUGGGUCACAAGAUGGAGGAGUCGUACACCAAAACCUUAAAAGAGCAGAUGUCGAUAGUGGAAAUGGCACUUUCAGAUCCUCCGCUGUGUAUUUCAUGUUGUCCUGUACAUGGAGAUCUUCUUGUGGGCUGCAGGAAUAAGCUAGUCAUGUUCUGUUUGAAAUACCUGGUCAUAAACCAGAAUUGGACAGUAUUAGACUUUGAACGCUCCUUAAUUUUACACACUGAUAACUUCAUUCCUGCCGAAGUUGCAUUUUGCGCUUGGCACAUAGCGAUAACAACAGAGUUGGAUGUUCUAAUCCUGAAACUGGACCUGAUCCAGCAUAGAGCAGACAGAGGAGAGCAAUGCGCAUAUCAAGUUAGUACAACAGAAAAGCUGGUGGAUGGAGGUAUAAAAGAUGAAGACCUUGCAGCUCAUAGUUUGCAGCUUGAAUUAGAUGAGUUUGUCAUAUGUCAGAAGCCAGUGGAACUGCUUGGGGAAGAAAGUAAGCUUUGUAAGAUACCCAUCACACUUGAGUCCACAGAGUUGUCUGCAGAAGGCAAGAAGCACUUUCAAGUGCAGUAUCUCCUUUUCAGGCGUUUUACACCAGACCAGUCCCCUUUUGGCUUUUGUGAAGAGACGAAGCUGCACUCUGUUCAGUUCCUCCCUGUUUACCAGGCAGGGAGUUCUAUGACAGCAAAUGAGGAAACUGAGAAGAGAGAACUACUGAGUCUCUUCUGCUUUUUUUCUUUGCCUCAUGUUGGAUAUCUCUACUCUGUUGGGAAGUUAGUAGAACUGAUUUCUACUUACCAGUGCUCGGAGAGGUCAGAGCAGGCAGUUCUUACUCCACAGUUCCUGCAUGUCAUUACAAGUGAGAGCCUGCAGUGUUACACAGUGCGGUGCAGUGCAGCAGCAGCUCGUGAUGAAGAUCCAUGCAUUGAUACAACUGUGAAGGUGCAUAUCUCAUAUUUUUUCUAAAAGAAUGGGGCAGCAAUAUGGCAGUUGUGUUUCAUACCAAAAUCCCAUUUGUUUCUAUUCGCUAUGACAAAUAACAUCCAAAAUUAAUAUUUUACAUCAGCCUGUGGCAUAUUCUCAUGUAAUGGUCUGCAGGUGUAUCGCUGCAAUCUGUUAUUGCUGUUUACGAUUCUAGAGGAUUAAUAGAAUAUUUUAAAAACCUGUAAAAUCAUGUACACUUAGAACAAAAAUCAUACUCUCCUGUAUAAAUCUGAAUGGAGGGAGCAGAGAUUUCCCAUAUUGCGGCUGACGAUGUUUGCAGAACCGGCCUGUCUUGAAACUUAAACUUUGGUCUUUUCUCUCUUUCUUCUUUUUUAUUUUUGUUCCCUUUCUCGGGUGUCUUUGAACUGGCAGUUUUCUUAAGAGGAGUGUAAACAUUUGAACAUGUCUGCCUACCUGAUAAUGUGUUGGUUUGUGUGUUGGUUCUUUUUUCUUUCUUUCUUUCUUUUUUUUUUUUUUUUUUUUUUUUUUUUGAAGAAGUUCUGAAGUUCAGAAGUUCUCAAAUGCCUUGAUUAUAAAAGGCUUUAUUUUGCAGAGGCAGCCUUCUUGUAGAAGGCCCUUCUGGUGUUCCCUUCUAUGGAAAGAUUUAGGGUUUCUCUAAUACAUUGACUAUAUAAUGCUUGUAAUGCUUAGCUAGCUGGAUCACUGACUUUGCAGUAGACUUUCUUUCACUUUCAAAACUAGUUCUGAUUGCAGUGGCUGCUUGAGACUGCUGUCUCCUGAGCUGUGAUCUUCACUA